CAAAAACCUAAACCUUUUUGCACACAGAUCAUUCGUUCGUUCUUUUCUGCGUGUUUUUCUGCUUUCUUGUCUCUACAUGCCCCACCCCUCUCCAUCGAUCGACCGGUCCUCACGAGCGGCGUUUUUGAGGAUCGUUACAGUCAACGAGGAUCCAGACGCGAACGCGGGUCGUUUCUCCGUGGGACUAUGGUCGUUUCUCCGUGGGACGAGGGUGCGGGACGGGAUGCGGCGAGGAGAGACCACUCCCAAGCGUACCGCUUGUUAGCAGCGUAGUUUGAGGUCCCCACUGCCUCUGAAUUAUACAUCCCAACGACCCGAACCGGCACUGCGAUCCUUUUGUUGACCUAUAACAGCCUCAAGUUAUUUCCCUUGGUUCCUAGCGACAGCCAGCAUACGAUUGCAUCAGCCGCAUUGGUCUCCAAACGUGUGGCUGCGUGGAUCCCAUGAGGGCACCAGAAUUUCUAUGUGAAACGGAAGCCCAUGACCGUGGACUGGGGUGCUGUGUGGGGAAUGACCUCUCCCAAACUCACCCUUGUGUCGAUUGCGGAGAAACUGUCCUCUCGGCAAAUUUUUGACUAGCCACUCUUAUAUACCAACCUGUCGACGCGGACGGCCACCCGUGAUGCUCUCCAGUCUACACGCAAAUACUAACUAAAGUAAUAAUAAACAAACCUGGACCAAGCAAACUCUGCCAAACCUCUCGUUUUGGACACGUGCUGAAUCCACCUAUUAUCUUUUAACCUAUCUUCCGCUCUCCCCAUCUGACACCCAUAUAGAAGUCUUCUCACACUCAACUUUCUUGAGGUAGACCCUUGUACUGGAACUGAAACAGUUAAUCCUUCAGUAGUUUUGCAACAUCGGAUUCUAUUUUUGUAUAUUUCCAACCCUCCAUGUGUUUUACUACUUGUGAACUCCGAAUACUUCUGUCAGUGGGAAUGGAUGAGGCCAUGGUUAUUCACCGUCUACCGCGUUUUGCUCGCGGUGGCCUUUUUGAUUUGGAUAUCCAUGGACAUCCCUCGAGAAAGCCAUGCCUAUUUCACGGACAGAACUCAGAUUUGGUUUGUCUACGCCACAAAUUGGGCAUUUGGCUUGCUUACACUCACCUUCUUCCUGUUGGCCAUCUACUGCCUAAUUCACAAUUGUCCUCCGAGAGAACAUGCCACGAUCAUAUGGUUCCAGCCGAUAUGGCUGCUCUACACAGUGGCGACAAACGGGACGAUCGUUGUUUGCCUUGUAUUUUGGGUUGCCCUGUCGAACAGCAAUCUCGGUAUAUUUAGCAGUUUUUGGGGAAGGUUGAAACAUUCGUUGACGGCUGCUUUGGU